ACGGCUCGCUUCGUUCUCGGUGGGAGAUUUGGGCGAAGCUGAAAUAUGCUUACAUGUAGGUACGGCCUACCUUCCACCCACCAUCCCCGAACCUUGGUUUUUACUUGGCACAGGAGGACGAAAGUCCAGCCGAGACGUCGGCUAUCUUACAAGUCUUCACAAAAUAGCAUUCAAGGGUUGCCAAAACAGAAAAAGGCAUUUAAGAAUGCUCUUAUUUCCUCCAAAUUCCCAACUGUGCUGUCGCUUAGCUUUACGCAAAGCAAAGACAAGAAAGCUUCCCCCAUACAGCCAGCUCAAAAUGGUCUCCAUUAAGCUCAUUAUCGUCGCCAUCGCGACUUUUGUCGCCGCCACCGUCUCGGCACACCCUCUCUUCGGACGCAGUGACUCCGUAUCUGCCUCCGCUACGCGUGCAGGUCUCGCCAGAGGCACCUGCUGGUGGCGUUUCCACAAGUCGAAUGUGAUUGACCAGGCGCAUUGCGCCGUGGAGGACCUGUCCGGCAACAGUCAUUCCGUCUUUGCGCGCAUUGUCUAUGCAGAUCCGGUCGGCGAGAGCAAGAACUUUGCGCAAUGGGGCAACAAGAACGCCAUGGUCAACAACAGCUUGUCGAAGGCAGUUCACGAGAAGCUUGUCGCUCGUAACUGGAACACUCGAGAGCAGAACCCGAAGGUUACCUACGAUCUAAUCAAGGAAGUCAUCCCUCGAGUCACGCAAGAAGCCGUGAUAGAUUUCGUCUUCGAACUCGCUAUGAUCGAGCGCAAGUCUUUCACAACAAUGUCAGCCUUCCUUACUAGACUUCGAUUCCUGCACACCAAGAUCACAGACCUGAAGGCAGGGGUAACCGAACAAUUCCACCUCGACCUUCUUAUCGCCAAGCUCAAGAAAUCCUACCCUAAACGCCAUCUCUUCUGGGUCAACAGCCUCAAAGAGCAUACAAUGACCUGGAACAAGCUGAAUCAAGAGCUGGAAGAGAUCGCUGCAAGCGGACAACAGCGAACCAAGAAGUGA